AUGGUGUCAUUUGACGUCGUCACACUCUUCACUUCCAUACCACAGGCCCUUGCGGUAGAGACGAUCAGUGACCUGCUACGUCAGAAUUACGACGAGGGCGAUGGCCAGCCCACAGCUCAGGAUCUCAUAAAACUCAUGGGGCACUGCCUCAAGACAUUUUUUACCUUCGAGGGAACCACAUAUGACCAAAUUAAGGGCACUCCAAUGGGUUCCCCAAUCUCCGGACUCAUUGCCGAGGCGGUUCUGCAAAAACUCAAGAAACGAUUGUUCGGGAAAUACAAACACAAGAUUUGGGCGCGCUACGUUGAUGAUACAUUCGUAAUAAUCGAUCAGAAUAAAAGUAACUACUAUGAUGAGCUGCUGAACUCAAUCAUUCUUGACCUACAGUUCACUUUGGAAGAAGAAGAAGUGGAGAGCAAACUUUCAUUCUUGGAUGUUCCCGUCUGUCGCCAACAAGACGGCAAACUGGCGGCGUCAGUCUACAGAAGACCGACGAACACGCUGCAAACGCUCAGUUACAACAACAACCACCCACUGCGACACAAACAAAGCUGUGUACGCACGCCAUACCGACGGGUGGGAACUUAUUGCAGCACUCCAGCCCCCAAACUGGACGAGAUGAAGCUACUCCAAGAACUUUUCAGAGCCAACGGCUAUCUGCGAACAUUCGUUGAACGAAGCCGAAAGCAACCAAGGAAGCGCGAUCAAGAACCUAGUCAGCCAAAAUCGUGGCGGGGCAUUUCAUACAUGAAAGGAAUCUCCGAAGCCGUAGCCAGAUCCCUCGCGCCGCUCGGAAUAGGCGUUGCUUACAGGCCCGACUCAACAAUCCGCCGGCAAGUGAUGCGGCUAAAAGACCCGGUUUCUAAGCAGGAGAUGUCGACCGUUAUCUACCGACUUAAAUGCAGCUACGAAAUGUUCAACUACAUUGGGCAAACGCGAAUGCACGAGCAUAAGUUGGCCGUGCGAAGGUUGGACACAAAGUCAGAUGUAGCAACAAAUGCCGCCCAACUGGCACAAGCCUUCAAUUUUGACGCCGUUGAACUUUUGGGCCGAGAUGAUGAUCAUACGGCAGAGCAUGUGCAAGAAGCCUGGAUGUCUGCCGACUGUUCUGUCAACCGCCACAUCAAUUUGCCCCCCCCCCCCUAUCCGGUUUUACGGACAUUCUUGACGGGGGACAGUCACGGCGCGGGAUAA